CGGUGGGUGGGUGUGAUCUAGAAUCGGGGCUGUGUCAUCUCGAUGACGUGGAGGAACUCAAGUCAGCCUUAACUUUAAACCUCUCCGGUUCAUACACUUGAAUUAAACACAAAUUUAAACACGAUUUUUAAAUCAACUGGCUUAAAUGGGUCUCUAAAGCGCAGAACUGACGUCUGUUUCGCUUUCCGGACAGCUGUUCGCGCGUGCAACACCGGAUCAAGAAAAAUGCAACUUGGCUUGUCGGUUUCUGACAGUGAUGUCUCUUCGUUCACCCCUCUGGUGGUCUUGGAGCUUGCUGAUGACACUAAAGCAGAGGCCAUCACUUGGUUACUAAACCGGAUCAGAGACAAGCAACAAAAUGGAGGAGCAGAGUUGUUGGUGAAUCAGCUCCUGUUUCCAGCUCAGGAUGAUCAGAAGCCUAAUCCAAAUGUCUUUGUGGUGGGCUCUACAUUGCAAAGGCUCUUAAAUGGAGCUGAGGAUGUAGGGUUGUUUAAGGAGUUUCAAGAUGGGACAAUGCGAGGAUUCACUUAUGCCAACAGAGAAAGCUUCAAUGACUUUAAUGGAGAUGGAGAAGGAUUCCUCAGUGACGCAGAGUGUCAAUACAUUAUCAAACAUGAGUUGGACACACUUAGGGCUAAGAAUGAAGAGCAUGUUCCAGGAUACCCUAAGCUUAAGCUCUACCCUGGAAAAUCAGUUGUGCGGAGGUUGCAGUCUAAAGGUGUCCUAAACCAGUAUUUUCCUCUCCAUAACAAAGAAGACCUUAAAAGGCUCUCGUUCUCAUGGUACAAAAAGUUCAAAUUGUCCUUCCAGCCACUGGAUGACAUCAGACAUUAUUUUGGUGAGGGUCUGGCACUCUACUUUGGAUUUCUAGAGUAUUUCACAUUUGCCUUGGUGCCCAUGGCCCUCAUCGGUAUCCCUUACUACCUCUUUGACUGGGAGGACUAUGACAAGUAUGUGCUGUUUGCGGUCUUCAACCUGGUUUGGUCUACAGUAUUCUUGGAAGUGUGGAAGAGAUGCAGCGCUACGUUGGCAUACGGGUGGGGAACUCUGAGCCGCAAAAAAGCGUUUGAAGAACCGAGGGCUGGAUUCCAUGGAGCUCUGGGAUUUAAUCCAGUCACGGGCCGAGAGGAACCAGUCUACCCUAGCUCAAAGCGGCAGUUGAGGAUAUAUUUGGUGUCGGUUCCCUUCGUUCUGCUGUGCCUGUAUCUGUCCUUUUACGUGAUGAUGGUUUACUUUGACAUGGAGUUCUGGGCCAUAAAUAUAUACAAUGAAGAUCCUAGCAUUGCGACGAGCAUUCUGCUGUUUGUACCCAGUAUCAUCUACGCUGUGGUCAUCGAGAUCAUGAACUUAUUGUAUCGCUUUGCUGCAGAGUUUCUCACAGACUGGGAAAACCACAGACUGGAGUCAUCAUUUCAGAAUCACCUUGUGCUCAAAGUUUUGGUGUUUAACUUCGUAAACUGCUUUGCCUCUCUCUUCUAUAUUGCCUUUGUCAUGCAAGAUAUGGUGCUUUUGAGACAGAGUUUGGCCACUCUGCUCAUCACCUCUCAAAUCCUGAAUCAAGUGAUGGAGGCCUUCCUGCCAUACUGGCUGCAGAGGAGGAGGAACAAGAAAGUCCAUAAGAGGAUGAGGAGACUGAUGGGUGAUAAAGAGCUCCCCCUGCUGGGACAAGUUAAGCUGGAGACCGAAAUGAACACUUAUCUGGGCACAUUCGACGAUUACCUCGAGCAGUUCCUGUUGUUUGGCUAUGUGAGUCUGUUCUCCUGUGUGUAUCCUCUGGCUGCUGUGCUGGUGGUGCUGAACAACAUCACUGAGGUUUAUUCUGACGCCUUCAAGAUGUGCCAUGUUUUCAAGCGUCCCUUCUCAGAACCAGCCACGAACAUCGGGGUGUGGCAGUUGGCAUUCGAGACGAUGAGCAUUAUCGCCGUGGUGACCAACUGUGCCUUGAUUGGUUUAUCCCCACAAGUGAAAGCAUAUUUCCCUGAAUCAGACACUCAGCUGAUCCUCAUUGUGGUGGCAAUAGAGCAUGUUCUCCUUGCCUUCAAAUUCAUCCUGGCAUUCGUCAUUCCCGAUGUUCCUAAACAUAUCCAAGUCAAUCUAGCCAAGCUGGAGUUUGACUCCCUAGAAGCUUUUAAGAAAAGGAAAAUAUUGGAAGCUACGGAGACCUUGAAAUACGUGGAAUAAGUGACGGGUGACAACAACACGACGAAAGUACUCAAGGUGUACACAUGCUGUAAACUGUCUAGUAUUAUAUUUAACUGACUUUGACUUUAAAUAUGCACUCCUUGCCAAGUUAUCCACAAAAUGGCUUAUUGAUGCUGUACACUUAUGAAUAAGACAGGGUUUUAAGACAUUAUUGCAGUUGCACGCAUUGUUUUAUUAUUUCUCUCUGUCAAUAAAACGGUUACCGGUAUAAUGAGAGACAAGUAAAAAUGGGAAUCCAAUUGGUGCAUGUAUGAUGGGGUCAAAUAACUAGGUUGAUUUGGUUGUCAAAGUACUUUGUUAUUUUUAUUCAUGAUUGUCUGAAGCUGUAAAAAAAAAUGUUGUAAAGAGGUGAUUAGAAGAAAUAUAUCAGACAUUGGGCCUAAAAACAAGCAAAGGAUAUAAUGUAA